AUGCCCAACCCAGACGGCAUGUGUUACGCGGGGACCCAGGAGCCAUCGAGUGAUUCCGGUCAACGGCCAACAGCUAGGUGUCUACGACGCGGAGGAAUAGGCGUGUCUCAAGGUCGGCGAUGGCGGGAUACGUCCAAACGGCGGUGGUCUCGGCCAUGGAUUUCGUGGAUCGCCGUCGUGUGGAUGAUCUCGUGGAUAUCGCCGGCCGUCGCGGUCCUGUUGGAUUUUGACAAUUGCCUGAGCCAGACCAUCCGUGACUCGAAUCCUUUACAGCUCCAAUUCAUUCCGCUCGACGUGUCUGUCCACUUCGACCUCGCUGAUCCUCUCCAUCCGCUGAAUGUGACUGUUUAUGGGAACGUCUCUGGGACUGCCGAUCGUCGCUCGAACUACCCACCCCCGGAUGAUGCACAGUGGAACAAUCCCAAUCAGACCGUUGGAAAGAUUGUGGACCUGAGCAACUCCAACAACAAGUUUAGCACCCUGCUGACAUCGUUCAAUGUGUUGAAUUUCGCACCUUUUCGCGAUGCUUCCCGGUUUUGUGACACUCUCGCACACGGCGAGUGUCCGAUGGGCCCGGUCUUCAAGUACAAUCUGAGUGACCUCGACACCUUGAAUGCCUUCUCUGUUCAACAUGACAUGAUCUCGACAUACCGCUUUUCGACCAUCUCGCCAACGCUUACGAUCCGAUCCGGUGAUGCCUCAGCAGUAGAUUUGGGCUGUAUUUCGGUACAGAUCACACCCGACCUCGGAAAACCACGGAAAAAUGGGUUGGCCUAUGUGCCGUUGGUCAUCUUGUUGCUAGUGGGAAUUGCCACCAUCUCUGCCGCCAUAUACAGCCCCUGGGGCACUACGGAUUUGUUUCGAUGGACGAGUAACUAUGGCCGCGACGAAGAUGUUCUCCGCCUGGUUACUCCUGGAUUUGCAGAUUGUCUCCAGUACCUACAAUAUGUGGUGUUGACUGGGGCCUUGUCGCUGGACUACCCCGGUUACUAUCAGCCCGCCGUAAGCCAAGGGGCUUGGUCAGCUCUGAUGUUCAAUCAAAGCCUUGUCAGCUCGAGCGAUGGCCAUAACCCGGUCGUUGAUGGUGUCUACACCGUGAAUGGGACGUAUGGUCUGGACCGAUUGAAUCAGCUGGUGGGGAUGGCCACCACUCAAGAUAUUUGGCCGGGCAUGAUGGUGUGGCUUUUGGUCAUCGUGGUCGUCGUCACACUGCUGAUCCAGCUCGGAUUCGCAGGACGCUGGGUCCAUCGAGAAUUGACCAAUAUCCCUGAACAAGAUCUGCGCGCCAAAAACAUUCCCUUUACCGUGGGGAACAUCAUCCGCAUCGUUUUCAAUUACUUGCUCCUUCCAAUCAUCUCCCUUUCUUUCUUCCAGCUCGUCAUUACCGGACGCUCCCCAGCCUACAGCGUUGCCUUGGCGGCGGUGAUGAUCAUCAUCUUGAUCUGCUUUUCGCUCUGGGCAAUCCGCGUCCUUGUGUCUACCCGACCCAGGUCUCAUCUAUUUGACGACCUACCCACAGUGCUCCUGUACGGUCCGCUCUAUAACACGUUUUGUGACGAUGCGGCAGCGUUUGCCAUCGUCCCUAUCUUCUUGACGUUCGCCCGCGGAGUCGCCAUUGGCGCUUUACAGCCUUCGGGGAUUGCGCAGAUUGUAUUGCUCGCCAUAUGCGAAGUCGUCUCAGUGCUCUCAAUCGUGGCUUUCCGACCCUUCCCUGCACCCACCUCGAUGAAUUUAUACCAUUGCUUGUUUUCCUUCGUGCGGUUCCUUACCAUUCUUCUGAGCGUGGUGUUUGUUCCCUCAUUGACAGUCUCAGACGCUGCACGGGGGUGGAUUGGAUAUGUCAUCCUCAUCCUGCACGCGCUGGUUCUCAUAUUCGGGUUUUUCCUGAACGCGCUGCAGACGUUAAUCGAAGUCUUAGCAAGACUCGCAGGUGCUGGUGGGGCCACACGUGGUGGCUUGUCGAAGGUAUUCGGAAUGCGCCAGCUGUCAAGGCGCGAGCCGCAACGUGACCUCACCCGGCAAAGCUUAGGCUCCGAAGCGGCUAUGCUUGUACAUACCGACGGGCGUGUGUCUUCUCAGUUAGACGGCUCACGUCCUCGGAGUCUGUCAGGGAGCUCGGCCCUGCUUCUGAAUCGUGCAACCGCUAGCGAGGGCCGAGCGAGCGGGAUUCUGGAUUACGCCAGUUCACAUGGCGGUGGCUCGCACAGCCGUGCCGCCAGCGGUGGACUGUACACGCCGACCCAAACCAGCUAUCCCGGACCCGCCGAUGUGGAAGAUAACGUGGGAGAUAGCGGGCCAAUGUCCGGUCGGGCAACCCCUGUCCCGGCGUAUCUGCCAGCCCCCAAGGACGACAUGGAAUUGGAUGACUCUCGACAGUCCCAGAAGGAUUAUGCCGUGCGUGAGGUUGACUUCUAUUAUCGUGUCCGUGGCCCGCCUCUCUCGCAUACUGGCACCCGCAAGUUGAAGACCGGCCCCGCCGACCCCACAGGCCCGGUGUCUUCUGCGACUGGAUGGUUUCGGAAUUUCUUCCAAGGCAAGACCAAGGACAAAGGCAAAGGGUUUGAAGUGGUCCGAAGCGCUCGAGCGCCCCCUCCUGGCAUGUAUGCGAGAAGGGGCGACUUCCACGAGCCGUACCAAGAUGACCCCGACGAUGGGAUGGCCGGCGGGCACUCUCGCAAUGUCUCCGCUGGGGAGAUGCCUUUCCAAGACUCCGACGGUGACCAUGAUCCCCGACAAUCUGGCGAGCUGCCCGCGCCGGUCCUACCGCAAGUGAAUUCGGUGGAUAGCAUCGAGCUACCCAGUCGCAUGGGAUCACGGCGUACUCAGACCUCACUGGACGGAGAUGAGGCCACGCAGCCUAUUCCGGCUGUCAUCGAGACCACUUUGCCCCAGACCCAAGGCGGCCAAGAUGUUUCUGACCCGGGACACCUGCGGCCUGAGUCCCCGGCCACUGCACGCUUGCCCUUUAGCGGCAGUAGCUCACCUUCACGAGAACGGGGGCUUUCUGUGGCCUCCACCUCUGGGUCGGCGACCUCGAGCCACAAAACAGGGAAAGAUGGUAGACGCGCCGAACGUCCUUCAAGCAUGGGCUACGUACCACAGCACCGCGCACAUGACCACAUUCAUCAGGCGAGUCCGGACGAACCAUCUUUUGCCGGUAGUGCAGCGGAGCUUGUGGAUGAACCGUUGCACGUCGAGCAAUGA